CCACUACAAACCAAUUUUUUUUACUGUCAAACAACUACUACUUGUCACUACUAUACACACUACUUUUCCUCGUAACGUGUUGCACUCAUAACGUACUGUGCGUGGUGAUAAUAUUAUUAUAAUGCGACACAAGACCAAAGGAGUGUCGACUGCGGUCACCAACUCCACAGCGAACCGUUCGCCAAAUGACUCUAGACCCAAAUCAAGACAGAAAAAACACGACAAAGUAUUACAAAACGGACAGUGUAAUUCUAAAUCCAAACAACUAAAAAAAUCUUCAACUAUGGAUGCGCACUCCAUUGUGAUAUGGAAACAUCCCAUCUUAACUUUAGAUUAUUUCUGUAAAGAAAUAGUAUGUUUAUCCAAGACGUUUGUAAAAAAAUUAAUUUGUUAUAAGUUGUAUGUACUUCUUGCACUCAUAGUUAUAUCUGCUCCAAUUAUAUUAUUGUAUAUUGAAGGUCCUCAUUUACCGAUUUUAAUUUGGGCAAAAUCAAAAAUUUCAUGGUGUUUAUAUUGGUUAGGUCUAGGAGUAUUGUCAUCAGUUGGUUUUGGUACUGGUCUUCAUACAUUCCUUCUUUAUUUAGGUCCACACAUUACUUCGGUUACUUUAGCUGCCUAUGAAUGUGGCGGACUCAAUUUUCCCGAACCCCCAUACCCUGAACAAAUUAUUUGUCCUGAUGAACUUGAUACUGCUUGGACAGCUAGUUUGUGGAAUAUCAUGUUUAAAGUACGAGUUGAAGCUAUGAUGUGGGGAGCAGGUACAGCACUUGGUGAGUUGCCACCAUAUUUUAUGGCAAGAGCUGCUAGACUUUCUGGGAGACCACCUGAUGAAGACAAAGAAGAUUUAAUUGAAUUUGAAGAAUUACUGAAAAAAGAAAAACACCAUGAAACAAUGACGUUGGUAGAACAGUCAAAAUUAUUUGUUGAGAGACUUGUAAAAAAAGUUGGUUUUUUUGGAAUCUUAGCAUGUGCCUCUAUUCCUAAUCCACUGUUUGAUCUUGCUGGAAUCACAUGUGGACACUUUUUAAUACCAUUUUGGACAUUUUUUGGAGCUACUCUUCUUGGUAAAGCUGCCAUUAAAAUGAGCAUACAGGUGUUAUUCGUUGUGGUGGCUUUUAAUGAAACUCUCAUUGCAAGUGUCCUCGAUAUUGUUGGCAAAAUUCCAGGAGUUGGGAAAAAAUUGCAAGCUCCUAUUACAAAAUUUCUAGAAAACCAAAAACAAAGGUUACAUGCCAAAACAGACUCAAAGGGAACAAAUAUUGUUGUGAAAUUGUUUGAUUUGUUUGUGUUAUCAAUGGUGCUCUAUUUCAUUAUAUCCUUAAUCAACUCCAUGGCACAAAAUUAUUAUAAGCGAAAUCACAAGACUUCAAAAAAACAAUCAAGUGACUGACAUAUAGUAGUCAACCGUUUGAAAAAAUCUUAUCAUAAAUCCAAACGGCAUUGAAACAAUUAUUAUUAAUUUAUUUAUUCAAUUAUUUUCAUACAAAUUAAAAAUUAUAAUUUCUUGGUACACAAUU